GCUAGUUUUAAACUGUUGAGGCUCGGGAGUCGCUCUACCGCAACAGCGGGGAUACUCUGUCUGCUUCAGCCGAAAUAUGGUUCGCAUGAUGGGGCUGCUUUCAGUGAGUGUUUGGCCCCUGCGGAACGGGGUGCAGGCUUGGGGCAGAGGCUGCGCCACCAUCCAUACAGCUUUUCGCUACAGUAACGUUAGCGCAUUAUCGAAGUGUUCCGCAUUAAAACGAAUCAAUCCCAUGGGAUUAAAUCAAUGCACUUUCACAUUGGCUCGAUUGCUCAGUUCCAAACCCCCACGAGGAUUUGAGAAGUUCUUCCCAAAGAGUGAGGACACUCCUGGAGUGAACAAAUCAUCUGAAGAGACCGGUGAUGAGAAGACCAAAGAGACAGAAUCUCAGGGCGGAGGAGAAGGGGGACCAAAUGGAGGUGGCGAGAGAGAGAGGAGGAGAGGCGGAAGGAAGGAUGAAUCAGACUGGUGGACUCGCUUCCAGAAUGAUUUCCCCUGGGAUGAGAAGACCAUGCGCAAUGUCGCGAUCGGAUUCGCCGGCAUGGCCUCCACGUUCCUGUAUUUCUACUUCCGAGAGACUGGGAAGGAAGUCUCCUGGAAGGACUUUGUAAAUAACUACCUGGCCAGAAGACUGGUGGACCGUCUGGAGGUAGUCAACAAACAGUAUGUCAGAGUCAUCCCAGUGCAUGGAGUCAAUACGUCAGAGGUGAGCUACCUGUGGUUCAACAUCGGCAGCGUGGAGACGUUUGAACACAACCUGGAGCUGGCCCAGCAGGAGAUGGGCCUGGACUCUACACACAGAGUACCUGUGAUCUACGCAAGCGAGAGCGACGGUACUUUCCUGAUGAGCAUUCUUCCAACCCUGUUGCUGGUUGGCCUCCUGCUCUUCACCAUGCGCCAGGGACCAAUGGCAGGAGGCCGUGGCGGAGGGCGGGGCAACCCCUUCAUAAUGGGCGAAUCCAAGGCCAAAAUCAUGAAGGACAACAUUGACGUGAGAUUUAAGGAUGUGGCUGGCUGCGAAGAGGCCAAGCUGGAGAUCCUAGAGUUUGUCAACUUCCUGAAGAACCCCCGGCAGUACCAGGACCUGGGGGCCAAGAUCCCCAAGGGUGCAGUGUUGUCGGGUCCCCCCGGCACAGGGAAGACCCUGUUAGCCAAGGCCACAGCCGGAGAGGCCAAUGUCCCCUUCAUCACCGUCAACGGAUCUGAGUUCCAGGAGAUGUUUGUUGGCGUGGGCCCAGCCAGGGUGAGGGAUAUGUUUGCCAUGGCCCGUAAGAACGCUCCCUGCAUCCUGUUCAUCGAUGAGAUCGAUGCUGUGGGCAGGAAGCGAGGCAGAGGGAACUUUGGGGGACAGAGUGAGCAGGAGAACACACUGAACCAGCUUCUAGUGGAGAUGGAUGGGUUCAACACCAGCACUAACGUGGUCGUCUUGGCUGGAACCAACCGACCAGACAUCCUGGACCCAGCACUGAUGAGACCUGGGCGCUUCGACAGACAGAUUUACAUAGGUCCACCAGACAUAAAGGGCAGAGCGUCCAUCUUUAAGGUCCAUCUGAGGCCUCUGAAGCUGGACUCCAGUAUAGACUCUGAAGCUUUGACCAGGAAACUAGCUGCCCUCACACCUGGCUUCACUGGAGCUGAUAUUGCCAACGUGUGUAAUGAGGCGGCCCUGAUAGCAGCACGCUACCUUAACGAGUCUAUCAACGUCAAGCACUUUGAGCAGGCCAUCGAGAGGGUCAUCGGAGGUCUGGAGAAGAAGACCCAGGUACUACAGCCAUUAGAGAAGACCACUGUAGCAUACCACGAGGCUGGCCAUGCUGUGGUGGGCUGGUACCUGGAACACGCUGACCCUCUGCUCAAGGUGUCAAUCAUCCCCCGGGGGAAGGGUUUGGGGUAUGCUCAGUACCUUCCUAAGGAGCAGUACCUGUUCACGCGGGAGCAGCUGUUUGACAGGAUGUGUAUGAUGCUGGGAGGACGUGUGGCAGAGCAGGUCUUUUUUGGGAAGAUCACCACAGGGGCACAGGAUGACCUCAGGAAGGUCACGCAGUCUGCCUACGCACAGGUGGUUCAGUUUGGGAUGAGUGAGGUGGUGGGCCAGGUGUCUUUUGAGCUCCCCAGGCAGGGAGAGAUGGUGAUGGAGAAGCCUUACAGCGAGCCCACGGCCCAGCUCAUAGACCAGGAGGUCCGUUCACUCAUAGACGCUGCCUUCCAACGUACACACCAGCUCAUCACUGAGAAGAGAGAUGUGGUGGAGAAGGUGGGGAGGCGUCUCCUGGAGAAGGAGGUCCUGGACAAGGCUGAUAUUCGGAAGCUGCUGGGUCCUCGCCCCUACGAGGAGAAGUCUACGUAUGAGGAGUUUGUGGAGGGGACGGGGGCCAUGGAGGAGGACACCUCCCUUCCAGAGGGCCUCAAGAACUGGAACAGGGACAGGGGGAUGGAAGAGCCUCCCUAGGAGCAGCAACGCAAACAGGCUCUUUACCUGUAGACUGACACCACGUCUGACCUGGCCCCCACCCAACCAGGCCACUGGAGGGACAUGGGGCACUGCCCCCCCAGAACCUCUAGUGUCUGCUCCAACAGCCUAGAUUGUGCAAAUUCUCAUGUAGACUUAUUUUAUUCAUAUGGGAAUGCAAAAAGGUGUUCCUGUAUUUUGGUUUUGCAGGGCAUGAGAUUCAUUAAUCUGUGAAGGAUAUCCACUCCACCAUGCCAUUCCUUUCUUUCCCUGGAGAUUCCCUGCUGUACUAUGUUCCUCCUUUAUCCUGACCAUAGUGCAUUUCAGGGCCUGUGUGGUCAUUCUAAGGCCCUAGAGACCAUGGACGUCACGUUGAAAAUAUAUUGUUUUUAUAAACUCAGCAAAAAAAGAAACGUCCCUUUUUCAGGACUCUGUGUUUCAAAGAUAAUUCGUAAAAAUCCAAAACUUCACAGAUUUUCAUUGUAAAGGGUUUAAACACUGUUUCCCAUGCUUGUUCAAUGAACCACAAACAAUG